AUGUAACUUUAUGGAUUGGAGUUGAAGGAGAGGAGCUUUCUUUAAAUAAAUUAAUUCCUCAUGGGUUUCAAUUAAAUUGGUCUCUUGAAGGUGGGAGCUAUGUCAAUGAGUUAAAAGCUCAUGAAACAUUUGAGUUUUCCUGUAAAAUUCAUAUGCAUUCUGCACGAUUGAUGCCCGUUGAAGGAAGAGGUGGUCUAAGUAAUACAUACGUAGUAAUUUCAGUAGAUCAUUUUUCAUGCAAAACAAGGGUAAUACGAGCAGAUUUAAAUCCUAUUUGGAACGACAGUUUAGUAAUAGAAAAAUUGACAUUGUAUGGAUCUAAAGCUGGACUUAAAAUAAGUCCACCUCCUGCUAUUUUUGAAGUUUUUCACUUGGAUGAUAUGUUAACUUUUGAAGAAAACGUCCUGAAAGCACGUAGAUUUGGUCGUAAUAAUAGAAUUGUGGAACCAAUACCACCUAAUAUAUUGUUUAAAACCACAACACAAAGAGUGGAAAUAUGUUUUUGGGGCGUUCGGAAACUUAAAACUAUGGUUAUUAUAAAACCUAAAAUAAUUGUUGGAUUUGGUCAAUUAAAGUUAGAAUCCCAAACGCUUUCUAAUAUCAGACACACUUUAAAUUUUUCUGACCCCUUCGUGAAAGGAGAAGUUGAAAUAUCUGACAACCCGGAGUUAAUUUCACCACUUGUCAUUAAAAUGUUCGAUGUAAGAAGUUUUGGAAGGUUGGCUUACUGUGGAAUCCAUAUGAACUAUAUCUAUCCUUUCCUUUAUAUGCCAAUGCAUGUAAGCGAAAGAAACAAGGCUUUAAAAAGAAAGUCAGUUAAAGAUCCUGUAUCUAAAUUUAGCCCUAAUGAAGCUAAAACUCGCAGCCAUGGCGAUAAGGAACCUUGGUACAAGGUGCUUUUCAGAAUUUUAUUUAGUUCGGAAAAUGUCAACUUUAAGCAGAGCGAUUUAAAAAGGUUAAUGGGCAAAACAAAACAGCCAGUAAAGAAAGCAAGGGAUGUUUUUGAACAUGAGAACGAUUGGUGGUCUAGAUAUUUCGCUUCAGUAGAAGAAUCUUCCACUGAGGAAGAAUGCGAAAAUAAUUCGGAGAAUGAAAUUGGUGUGUCGGAAGCACUAAGUCGAAUAAAGGUUUAUACCAAAGAACUAGAAGCUCAGUUAAAUUUUGAAAAAUUUCAAGACACAUUAACUUCAUUUCCUAUGUUAAAAAGCAAAAGGACCGGUGAUGAAUUAGUAGACUCAAUACGAAUGACUGGUCUGUUAAAAGCAGCUGUAAAAGUGUAUCCAUGGCCACUAUCUGACAAAGACCAGUACGUAACAAGGGAAGGAAAUUUGAUUGAAAAUGGAGUAUUUCAACAUUAUAGUUCCAACCAAAAUGUUAAAUUUCUAGUAAGGGUGUAUAUUAUAAAAGGUGUAAAUUUGAGACCCAAAGAGCAUAUAUACACGUUAGACGCUUAUGUUGUUCUGACAAUGGGAAAACAAAAAAUAAAUGAUAUCAAAAACUACAUUCCAAAAAGAUCAGAUCCUGUAUUUGGAAGGAGUUUUGAACUACAUGGUGAAUUCCCAAAAGAUUAUCUAUUAAAAGUAUCUAUUUGGGACCAUAAUUUUGCGGAAAGAGGUAGACUUAUAGGCGAAACUACGAUUGAUUUGGAGAAUCGUGUCUACACAAGACAUCGAGGCCGAUGUGGUUUAUCUGACGAGUAUAUAAGACAUGGACCACAUAAAUGGAGAGAUCAGGAAUCUCCUACUCAAAUUUUGUCAGGACUGUGCCAAAUGUAUAACCUUGAACCACCAGAAUACUUUGAAAACUAUGUAAGAUUUGCUUCUAAAGAAUUCUAUAUUGAUAAAUAUUAUCCAAACGUAAAUAUUCGAAAUGAAAAUCUUGCUCUUAUAAUAUUGAGAAAAUGGAAAUGCAUUCCAAUAAUAGGUUGCCACUUAGUACCAGAACAUAUAGAAACGAGAUCUUUAUAUCACCCUUUUGUGCCUGGAUUAGAACAAGGAAAAUUACAAAUGUGGGUGGACAUAUUUCCUUAUUCUGAGCUCCCUGUGCCUCCAAAGGUUGAUGUGACCCCAAGAAAACCAAUACACUACGAAUUAAGGGUAAUUAUAUGGAAUACAAUGGAUGUUGCCCUUCGUGAGGAUGAUUUUUUUUCUGGAGAGAAAAAGUCGGAUAUUUAUGUCAAAGGGUGGUUGGGUAACCCAAAAGAAACUCAAAGCACUGAUGUACAUUACCGAUCUUUUAAUGGGGAAGGAAAUUUUAACUGGAGAUUUAUUUUCAACGUAAACUAUUUGUCUGCAGAAAAUGUGCUUGUUUACCAUUAUCAAGCAGGCACAGUUUUUCGUGAAGAAGUUGAUUAUAAGGUUCCUUGUAAACUACAUCUUCAAGUAUGGGACAGUGAUACUUUCACUGCAGAUGACUUCCUAGGAACUCUCACAUUGGAUCUGAGCAGAUUGCCACGUGGCGCUAGAACGUCCAAGUCUUGCAAUAUAAAAAUGUUAUCACCUGAUGCACCAACAUUAAAUUUAUUUAAAGUAAAACAAACUAAAGGAUGGUGGCCAUUUAUAUCGGAAUUCAAAGGUGAAGAAGAAGUUACGGGGAAAGUGGAGGCUGAGUUUGAGUUGCUAUCAAUAGGUGAAGCUGAACGAUACCCUGCAGGUCGCGGAAGACAACCUCCACAAGCACUUCCUCCUCCAAGACGCCCAGCUUCGUCAUUUUCCUUUUUGAGAUCUCCCCUGUACGCAAUUAAGCAACUACUCUGCAGAGAAUACAGAGCGAAAUGCUUUUGUUUUGGACUCACAUUGUUUUCGAUUUUCUUUAUUAUUUUAUUUAUUUACGCACUUCCCAGAGCGGUGAUGGAACGUAUUAUAUUAGGGAGACAUUAA